AGGAGAAAAUAAGAAAGAGCCUUUUUCGUGGUCUUCGACCCCGUAUUAACCAACGAGUAUAGUUAGUUUUUUGCUUUUUUCAUCAAUUUAACACUAGCUCUACGUAGAUGUACUUAUUUUGUCUAGUGGGCGUUUUUGGCUAAAAUAGCAGGAAAUUUCCCCAAGAAAAUCAACAAAACCUCAACUCGUCCACUGAAGUAGGUUGAAGUAUUACAAUGAAUAGUUACAUGAGCGUGGGGGCGGAGGAGAAGGAGAACAAGGUCAGGUAGUACCGCAGCGAGUUUCGUUAUAUCUUCUCUAUCUGCGUUUCAUUCUUUCUCCGUGCUUGCAGAUGGAGGUUUAGAACCAAGAACAAAUCGAUCCGCGGAAGCGAAUGCGAAAGCGCUUUUUUUGAUCAGAACAAAAAAAGUAAAAGAUAUUCUCAUGAUUAGUUGAAGAAGGGUCUCGAAUAUACUUCUAGUUAUCUGAAGAUGGUGAUUCCUAUGCCAGCUGGCAUGGGUGCCGCCAUGUCGGGCGACCCACCAGAGGCGAUACAAGGGCAUCUGCAGAAGAUAAAAUGGACUAUAGUUGCGGUUUUCGUAGGGAGUGUCGGAAAACUCGUGCAAGGGGCAAUGCCAUUUAACGAGCUCUUCUAUGUCCUAUCAGGCAUAUUCCUCAUGAAGGACGACAAAAUAACGGGAAAGGCAUACAAGUGCCUCUUAGGGACGCCAAUAGGAGCGUGUGCAGGUAUAAUCGCAGCUACGCAAUUCAAAUUCUGCCGUAUGUUUUUAUAUGUGUCAAACAAGUAGGUCAACGUCAAGCUCAAGCCAAAGUCAAAGAAGAUAUCGAUGAUAACGACUUUCUGUUUCUUAUGUUCCAUCUGGAUCUCCUCUACCCCUCACAAACAGGACCAUCUGGCGGAGGCCUAAGCUGUUUGACGCCUGUCAUGUUUCUAGGCGCUCUCAACAUUCUUUUCGGACUCUUCAGUCCCUACCUAAUGGAGCCAUUCAAUCUAGUAUGCCUCGUGGCCCAAGCAAUAGGUUGCUAUUUCGGCUAUCAGGCAUGGCAGUAUCUUCGAGGCGAGGCGGGGCCGACUGGUAGGAAAUUUAAUGGCUUUCUGGGGUCCGUCAACAUGUCUGUCGUAGGUAAUGAGUCAGCUUCAUCGGACCAUUCAUGUUUCAAAUUUUUAUGAAGAACAUGUUCCAGACCAAGUUGCUGAAUUAUGAUCUGCCUGUUCCUCUUCUUCUUGGUUCCUGUGAAUUAAAGUCUCCACCUCCUUCGUCCUCCUCUUUCCAGGUGCCUUGCCAGGUGGGCUUCAAGGACAUACGACCUAUAAUCCGCCAGCGCCAGAAACCCGGUCAGGGACGAUGGCUUCACUUGCGUCAGCCACGAACCCCACAACACCACAAACAGGCUUCGUCGCCUUCCAAGGCGAGGGAAACAAACUCGGGAAUACAUAAUCGGGCUGUCUUUGGUUGUACCUUAACAGAACAGGCUGUUGUUGUGCGAUUCUCGCAUACCGACUUUUCAGCUUUCUUUUCCUCGUCGAUUUCGACACGCAAGUAUUCCCAUGUGUUUAUGCAAAAAAAGAGAAAUCAACAAAUCUAAAUAUGAUCUUACUAGAAGUGGGGUCGCGGUGCGUUCUGCAGCAUUCACC